AUGGCUUCGACUACAGACCCAAAGAUGGAAGCCAUGAAAAGUCAUGUCUUGACACACAUGACAGCUGACCAUUCUGACUCGUUGGCUCUCUACCUGAACCACUUCUGCAAGGUGCCAACCUCUCUACGUCCGCCCCCACCAAUAGGUACUCUUAAGCUCGAAGACAUCACUCUCGACCACAUCAUCAUCUCCCAUCCAAAAGGCCGCAACCUCGUCCGCAUAGAUCCGCCAAUGAAGCAUCUCGGCGAGGCACGCGAACGUCUCGUAGCCAUGCACAAAGAAUGUCUCCAAAAGCUAGACAUGGCAGAGUUCAAAGUCGACAAAUUCGUCCUACCAAAUAAGCCAUGGCAAUGGGCCUUGCAAAUCUUCAGCCUCAUGUGCUUUGUGCUGUUCACGCUGUAUCCUGCCAAAGCAUUUUUGCCCGAGGCCGGUACCCUGGCGUCUAAAAUCUACAGUGUCGGUGGUAUCGUCCCUGGUCUAGCGAGGUUGACGGCGUCUAUCAAGGACUUUGUCUUAAUCGGCAUGUUUGCCAUUCAUUCAGCUGAGACGGGACACAUGGCGCAAACGCGGAUGAAGAAGUACUGGGUGCCUGCGUUUUCGCGUACGUGGUGGAUGUGGGAGGCUGCAGUUGCUGUUGGUGGUGUUGCGGGGAUGUGGAGAUUUGAUGAUAUGGUCAAGGAGAUGGAGGAAGAACGCAGAAAGAGUGGGAAGCAUUGA